GGGAGGGCUCCGUUAUGUUCUUCUAGAAUGGACUGAGGGUGAGGACGGAGGGGCGCAUAGUAUUUUGCCCAUCGACUGUGUCCGAAAUUUUUCAUUUAAAGAAUUUCUUAAGAGGAAGGAAAAAACUGAGAAGCUGGUGGAAUGGAGAAAAGGCCGCCAACCGUGGCCGGUGCACCGAGCCAGAAUUAUUGAAGUGGCAAAAUUUGAAAAAACUCUCAAAAUCAAACUGCGUGAGAUCGAGAUGGAGAAAGAAGACACACAAGGGCAAACAAAACGUCCUCACAUCCCAAAUUCUAAGUACAGUGACCAGCAGGGGCUAACUGAGAAGGCUUCAAAGAAAAAGGUUGACAAUCAAAAGGGAGGGGCUUCCAAAUCAAAGCACCAGGAGGGUGAGAAGCAGGAGGGUCAUGACAUACUUUCAAAGAACAAGCAGGAGAAGGUGGCGGAGGAGGAGGAGGAAGAGGAGGAGGGUGUGGAGGAGGAGGAGGAGGAUACGCUUGAUUACAGCUCUUCAAAGAACAAGCGGGCCAGCGAAGAGAAAGAGUGUAUUUGGGAUGAAGAGGACAUAAUACCACCCUCUAAGAAAAAGACAGCUGCUGAAGUUAGAAAACACCUGGACGAACAGAUGUGGGAGAAAAGAAAAUUCGACCAAAUGCAAAGAAAUUUGCAGGAGUUGAGGAAUGAACUCCAAACUCUUAAAAAGGAAAAUGAACGUCUGAAAGACAUUAUCAUCAAUCAUAUCCCUCAAAUUCAAAGUGACCUCUCCAUUAUUGCUCAAAAGACUGGAAGGACUCCUGUGGAAGAUCUUGAUUCCUCCUUGACUUUUGUGCAACCGGUGGGUAACCCCCUCGCAUUUUUAUUUAUUUAUUUAGUGUACUGGUUACUUAAACAACUGUAUGGAUUUGAUUAUUUUUCGCUGAUUACUUUUGCAUGUCACUUUAAUUUAUUGACAUGUUUAAUGUUUUCCAAGCCCGUAAAUAAGAAUCUAUUGGCUUCCUUGGAUGAAUAAAAAUUGUUGUAGAGUUUUACUACCGUAUU